CAUAGAAGUGAGACGAAUAGCCGUCUAAAAACAAGAAGCAGAGUCGUAUAGAGUGAUCUCUAACGCUCACCAAACUCUGCAUUCACAGAGAGCCAUCCCGCUAUUUAAGGUGCUCAAUAUCCAAUCCAUACCACCAUCUUCUUCCACACCGCCGCUGCGCUCUCCUACUCAGUCGGCCGGAGUUUCUCUGCCUCAAUCUCAGCGCCUCUCAGGCUUGCUCGAGUUCAACUAGCCGAUCGACCGGAAAUGGCUUUCCAGAAGAUCAAGGUUGCCAAUCCCAUCGUUGAGAUGGACGGGGAUGAAAUGACCAGAGUAAUCUGGCAAUCAAUCAAGGAUAAGCUCAUUCUGCCAUUUCUGGAGUUGGAUAUAAAGUACUUUGACCUUGGUCUCCCUCACCGUGAUGCCACAGAUGAUAAGGUUACUGUUGAAAGUGCAGAGGCUACCUUGAAGUAUAAUGUAGCAAUCAAGUGUGCAACCAUAACUCCGGAUGAAGCUCGUGUAAAGGAGUUCAACUUGAAACAAAUGUGGAAGAGCCCAAAUGGAACAAUUAGGAACAUCUUGAAUGGUACUGUUUUCAGAGAACCAAUUCUUUGCAAGAACAUUCCCCGCCUGGUCCCAAGUUGGAAUAAAGCAAUCUGCAUUGGAAGACAUGCCUUUGGGGAUCAGUACCGAGCAACUGAUACAGUUAUUCAAGGAGCUGGAAAACUAAAACUGGUGUUUGUACCAGAAGGAAAGGAGGAUGAAAAGACUGAGUUUGAGGUUUUCAACUUCACUGGAGCUGGUGGAGUUGCCCUUUCCAUGUACAACACUGAUGAGUCUAUUCGUGCUUUUGCUGAAGCUUCAAUGAACAUGGCAUACGAAAAGAAAUGGCCGCUUUAUCUCAGUACAAAGAAUACUAUUCUUAAGAAAUAUGAUGGGAGGUUCAAGGAUAUAUUCCAAGAAAUCUAUGAAGCUCAAUGGAAAUCAAAGUUUGAAGAAGCUGGGAUUUGGUAUGAACACCGUCUUAUAGAUGAUAUGGUUGCUUAUGCUUUGAAGAGUGAUGGUGGGUAUGUAUGGGCAUGCAAGAACUAUGAUGGGGAUGUACAAAGUGAUUUUCUAGCUCAAGGGUUUGGAUCUCUUGGGCUGAUGACAUCUGUUUUGAUUUGCCCUGAUGGAAAAACCAUAGAGGCUGAAGCGGCACAUGGAACCGUCACACGUCACUAUAGAGUUCACCAGAAGGGCGGUGAAACCAGCACAAACAGCAUUGCCUCCAUCUUUGCCUGGACUCGGGGCCUCGCUCACAGGGCGAAAUUGGACAACAACGAUAGACUCUUGGAUUUCACGGAGAAGCUGGAAGCAGCCUGCGUUGGCACGGUGGAGUCUGGAAAGAUGACCAAAGAUCUCGCACUCAUCAUCCAUGGCUCCAAGCUCUCAAGGGAUACGUAUCUGAACACUGAACAAUUCAUCGAUGCCGUGGCAGAUGAGCUGAAAGCUAGGCUCUUGAAGGCUAAGGCAUAAACGCGUACGUAUUUAAUUAUUAUUAUUUACUCCAAAUUUAUUUAUUUAUAAAUGCUUUAGGGCUUUGUUUGGUUGGUUGGUUGGAUUCCGGAGGGGGGAAAACUGAUUUUUGGGUUCAAAUGGAUUCUGAAUAAUAUCUUUGGACAAUUUCACCACCGGGUAAAUUUCACAAAUGGUACCUGAACAUUAACUGGAAUUUCGAAGUAGUACACUUCAAAUCCUUUCACAAAAAUUCUUGAACUUACACAAUCCUUUCACUAAUGAGCCAUUAGCCCGUUUCUAGGUUAACUUCCG